UCAAACAUAACCUCAAAAUUUCAACCAACAGAUGCGUCGAUUUCUGACGGAAAAAAACACAAAAAACGUCCGAAUUGCGGUAUUUCGAAAGAGAAAAGCGCCCUGCGGUGGUAUCCGGCGAAAAAAUUGCGCUUUUCUGUCGUUUCGUGGUGUUUUUUGCGGGUGACACCAAGUGAUAAAAAUUAGGUUAUGGUAUGACUCACACAACGUUCACUUUCGCUCGUUUGGGGCCCCUAAGUCAAGGUUAAGUAGUGUUUGGGGGGUUGCAAGUCAAGUGGAGUGAAUCAACAGGCUGCAGUCAAACUCUGCGUUAUCAUUGGCUGGAUUCACGCAGGUCAUCCACUGACAAAACUUUUAUUGCAAUAAUGGAACCAAUGCUUUUGGAAGAUUACAAGUACGGCGAAAUGCCACAAACCGUUGCUAAUCUACUGGAGUUCUUCCAAACGAGGAACAUUACUCCGGACAGAAGCGACAUCGUAGUCGGUUUUCUCCACAUAUUAAUGCUAGAGACAGGUUUUGUUGACAAAAACUGCACAGACAGCGUCCAAGACUGCGAUUUUAACUACCAGAGACUUCUCCGACACUCGAAGACGCUCCCACAGUCGUGGAAACGCACUAGUUCUUAUCAGAUGGAUUUUAUACUGAAUUCGUGUCCACACAUAGCUUGCAGUAUCGUCUGUGUUGAUGUUUCAGAUGACCUACAGAUUAACUGCACAAUCAAAGAUAUAGCCUGGUACAGUCUUCUGGUUGAUCCUUUAACAUAUUUCACCAGUUCGAAAAUAAACCUUGGUAGCUUUGGUUUUCAAAACUUGCGCCACUUAUCGCGGAACUUUAAAGAUUCCAUUGCUUUUCCUGCAAAAACCGAAAUCGUGAAUACAUGCAAAGGAAUUUGUGCUUGUUUUCAACAUUUACCGCAAGAACUUCUUGUGAAAAUUAUGUGCUAUUUGGAGACUGAGGACGUUUUACGUUUGGCUGAAACGUGUCGCGAUGUGUGCUUGUCAGCGCAGGAUUCUUCGUUAUGGGUCAAAUUACUACAUAGGGAUUCUCGAAGGAAGCAUAUAGUUAAGUCAUAUGGGGAAUUGAAGUUCUUGUAUAAAAUCAAAUUUGCGCCGAUCUUGAAUAAAAUAUUGAAUAGACAAAGAGUUUUAUAGUAACAUCAGAUUUUUAGUUUUUGUGAGAACUUGUUUUAUUAUCUGUAGUAAUUGAAUCCCAGUGACGAUAAUGACAAGAGAAACUAGCAUAAUUUGUUUGUAAUUAUGGGAAACUCAUUAGAUUGGCAAACUACUAUUUGUGUAUUGUAAUUAUUCUGUUACCGGUAAAUGUCGAUUUGUUUCAAUUUCACUAUCCAGUUCAGAAUUGUUGUUUGAUUUUUGUGAAAGUUGGACAAGAAUUUUGAAAUUUGUUACUUAAUUAAGAAAAUAGUAGCCUAAAGUACUUUUCAGAACUAGGCUUCGUUUAAUUGUUCUUAGCGUUUG